AUGUUCGGAAACCUGCGCCAAACUGGUCCGAGUCCGGCAGCUGUGAAAGUCUGUCGUGUUCUUGAACCUCUCCCCAGUUGUAGUGUGAGGGCCUCUUGCACUGGCACAUCUUGGUGUCCCGAUUCUGGUUGGGUACGAGACGAAGAUUUCGAGCUUGCCACACGAAAGCUUCUAGAUUCUGGGUUUAAACCGGCCACUCCCAAUCGCAAUCCGGCCCCUGAGAUUCUAGAAUCACUCCCUGAUCCUGAAAAGGCGCUGGAAGAAAUUCACAGUGGCUACAAAUGCCUUGACCAGUCCUCCCGGACCUUCGACUAUCCGGCGGAACUUCCUGAGAGGAUGGAGCAGCUUUUCUUAAUACCGAAUUCGUUCUCCCAUUCCAACUUGCCCAGCACCAUAACAAGUGAGACCGUGGACCCUACCGAUUACAAUAUCUACGGGAAUAUCUUGUAUCCGCUGGAGCAGGCAUUAGUGGAAAGCUUUGUCAAGUCCGUGUUAGACGAGGAGGGCCUAGACAGUGAAAGUCUCUGGAGGAUUACGACCUAG